GCGGCACAGCACCGCGCGCGUGAUGACGUCACGGGUCAAAGGGCGCGGGUCAGAGGUCGUGGGAGGCGCCGUUGCAGCCGCACGUAGCGGAGCGAGUAACAAUCCCCACAACAAUCCUCACAACAACAACAACAACGACAACAAGCGGAUCAAUUAGCCCCUCUGUCGGAGCGAGCGAGCGUGAUGGCGGACAGGGGAGACGACAAGAAAUUCGCCGAGAUCCCGAAGGAGUCUGUGCGCGCCAUGGCCGAGGCCGUGGGGCUCGCGGGCCUCAGCGAGGCGGCGGCCGCGGCGCUUGCCGAGGACGCGGGCUACCGCGUGCGGGAGGCGGCGCAGAAAAGUUGCCAGUUCAUGAAGCACGGGAAACGCAAGAAGUUAUUGGUGGAGGAUUUCAAUCGUGCACUUCGGUGGAGCAAUGUGGAGGCGGUGUGCGGGUUCGGUUCGUCUGAGCCCAUGCCCUUCCGCUGUGCGCGAGAGGGAGAGGUGUUCUUUGUGGAGGAUCGGGAAGUGGCUCUUGCGGAGCUGGUUCUGACUCCGCGCCCACCCUUCCCCUGCGCUCCGAAGCACAUGCACGUGCAUUCUCUCAAUUUUGAUUUCAAAAGUCAACAGUGCUUAUCUACAGUGUCUGGUGGCCUGUGCGACGACAUGAGCCAAUACUAUCAGCAAGCUGCACGGGCCAUCCUGGGCUCCGACUUGCCGCUCAUGAAGAUUGCACUGCAGGACCUGCAGAAAAAUCCGAAGAUUGCAGCACUUCUGCCUUAUUUUGUCAACUUUGUCAAUAGCGUCAAGUCUGUUUCCCACGACCUGGAGCAGCUGAACCGGCUGAUGUUCGUGGCGCGGGGACUUGUGCUGAACCCGUGCGUCUACCUGGGCGCGCACACGCAGAGCCUCGUGUGCAGCGUCAUGUACUGCAUCUUGGAGCCUCUCGCCGCCUCCAUCAACCCCCUCAACGACCACUGGGCCCUGCGAGACCUCGCCGCGCACCUGCUUGCACACAUCAUCGCGCUGUAUGGAGACGUGGUGGCAGGCCUGUACCACCAGGUGUUGCUCACACUGCAGAAGGUCCUUGUUGACCCUGUGCGCCCUCUCUGCUCACAUUACGGAGCCGUCGUGGGGCUCAGUGCCCUUGGAUGGAAGGCGGUGGAGAGGGUGUUAUUGCCUCACCUGCACACCUACUGGUCCAACCUGCAGCCGGUGCUAGAUGACUGCUCUGUCUCCAAUGGUCAGGUGAAGGCCGACGCUCACAAGGUCUACGGAGCCAUCAUGGUCGCGGUGGAGAAGCUUGUGAAAAACAAGGUGGCUUUGUGUGAAGCGAGCGAACUGUCAUGCGGGAGGGCCGCGACGGCGUGUGAGGUGUCGCCGUGCCAGAGUCCUGUCCCCAGCCUUCAGCCCGACUUCACGUUCGGGCCGGCGAGCCACCUGCUGGGGCGUGGCGGGGGAGGUGGGGGAGAGGGCCUCCUCCCAGCCAGCCUGCCUGCUCACGGUGGCACAGCAUCCCUUCCUGCGCUCUACACGCAGCUUUACCACUUGUUUGGCGACGGCCUGGCGCUGCGUUUCGGCACUGGAGCCAGUUCUUCGGUGCCACUGGGCGACGACGGUUCAGCGGAAGAAGCCGCAGCUGCGCAGAAAGCGAGCUGCAUGGCUUCUUGUGAAGGUGAUAAGGGAAAAAAGAAGAUUCUGCUCAAUCUAUGCUUGCAGGAGAUGGCCCGAGAACGUGAUGGAGGAAAACUCGAGCCUUCCAAGUCGCCUCCGUUCAGACCAAAUAUACUACGCAAAUCAAAGUCUGGGACGCGGCAGCGGCAAGAGAAGGGAGGCCGGAUGCGUGCUGCUUAUGGCGUGCGGGAUGUGUUUGAACAGCCUCUCCGGCCAAUCUACCCUCAGCAAAGGCUACACGUUAAAAUAGCUGGAAAUCUCGUGUCAGUGAGUGGACGGGGAAGAGUGUUCAUGUCAGAUUUUCCACCCCACAUUGCAAAACAGAGCUCCAAGUAUGGCCAGAAACUUUCAGCCAUUGGACGAUUAAAUAAGCCAGUCAAGAAGGCUUGCAGGUCUGAUUUCUCCCUUUGGACUCCGUUGUAAGGAGGCUCCGACAAGACGCGUUUCAGUUGUUUGAAGAGAGGCGCGUGAAGAGGAAGUAGAGAAGAAUAAAGCAGCUCUGGCAGAGAUGACACUAAUGUUUACUACCCACUUACAUUCUGCGGUGAUGACUGCAGUGCUUGAAGAAAUGCACACUGGCUGCGCGAAAAUGGGGUGACCUGAUUAACAUGACUUAUCCCGCGCUAAAUGGGCUGCUGCCUUGAUGGGCCAUCUUCAUAUCACAUCGAUAUUUUCAAAGGCUACUGGGGUAAAGCAUAACCGAAAUGUCAUGGGCACCUAAUAUUCUACAGUUGAUACGUUUAUAAAUUUGAUGUUUACAUAUUUGACCUUUUUUGAAGUACAGUAUGCAUACUUGGA